CAAAUUUAGAUUUUAUAGAGUACAGCCUAUAAACGUACAGGACUGCAGUUCGGUUUACAUAAAUUUUAUAAGAAUAUUCCUAAGAAAUCAAUUGUACUGUAAUUUUUGUUAUAAUGACGAAAUUUGGUCGAGAAACCUAACCAAAGUUUUUACCAUUAUAUAGGCAACAAACAUAAGCGCGCCAUGGAUGAAUACGAGCCCAUGGAUGUAGACGUCACCGGCAGCUCAGCGUCUAAAAUGGACGUUUCUUGUAAUGAUAUUGACUUAAGCAUUGUCAAGAAAGAAAAAGAUUUUGAUGAUUCUUCUACAGUGACAAGCAUUCUUGAACGAGAAAUGCAGUACAGUAAGAUGUCCAUCUUGAAGAACUUUAUCAAACAAGAACCGGAUUUUUAUGACACAUCAUCAACAAUGUCAAGCGUUGUCAAGCAAGAAAAAGAGGACAAUGUCACAUUUCUGAGCAACUUUAUCAAAGACGAACAGAACUCCCGUGAUACAUCUAUGCUAAAGUUCACCGGGGCAACAAGAACUCCAGUAUCACUGACUUACACCAAAGUAAAAAGAUAUCACAUCAAUCUAGACCAGAAACGGAAACAAAAUCAGAAAUCACUUGGUCUUAAAGCUUAUUGGUGCAUAAUCAGUUUAAUAAUAUUAAUCAUUUCAAUAAUUACGCAUCAAAUUAUUGGCUACAAAUGUUUAGAAGAGAUAGACUUGGAUAUGAUUGAACACAAAUUGUCUAAAAAUUUGUAUGGGCAGGUGGAGGCUGUCCAAAAUAUAUUGAAAGCUUUAGAAACAAAUGAAAAGACUAAAAUAUUGGUUAUCUAUGGUGGUACAGGAGUGGGCAAAACAUUUGCAGUAUCUAUGAUUUUAGAGAACAUCUUAUCAUCUUCUAAUGUCUACCACUUUACAAUGCCAAGUUUUGCUGAUGACUUCUCUCCAGAAUACUUAUUUGGUAUGACUGUAUGUAACAAUUCCUUAGUAGUAGUGGACGAUCUAACAAUCAAGGACAAAAAUAUAAAAAAACAUAUAGAAGAAAUAAUAGACAAAAGCAAAGACUUAGGCAAAAGAAUGACAAUAAUUUUAAUUUACAACUGUGAUAUUGUUACCAAAGGGUUCAUUAAGAGAUGCAAUGAAGAAUUUUUACAUGUAUUGAAACAAAAUCUACACGGUAUUAAGACUGCGAUGUAUUACAUUAAGUUUAAUAGGUUGAAACUAGACCAUUUGAUUCAAUGUAUCAUCACAGAACUUAAAAACUUGCAACUACCUUUGGACGAGAUGAUGCUGGCUGAGAUUUUAGUACAUUUCAAUGUAACACAGGAUGGCUGUAAAAGUGUUUAUUCAAAAAUAAAUUUCUUAACUGACGGCUGA